GUAAUUCGGCGUCGAAGGCUCGAUAGCCGAUCAAGUUGUCCAGGUAUUUUGUUACGAGUUGUAUCAGAUGAUUUGCCAGCUCGAACACUGCUUGAGAGCAGCUUUGAUGACCAUAAAGAGGAAGGUCAGUGCUAGUCUGUUGUUCUCUGCCUACUAACGUUAGAUUUAAUGAUAGCCUGUCCCACGCCGACUCCCUCGCAAUAAUAUCAUAGCCCUUCUCAAAACACACGUUCCGUUUUUCAUUACACGAUUCGCGCCAGCCUGAGGACUAGGACUUAUUUCAGGAGUACAAGUACAACUCUCUCUUUGUUGCUCCUUCCAUCAUGCCCCCACCACGUCCAAGCACAGCCACAACAAUGGCACUUGAUUCUUCCAGCGGCAGGCGUGUUCCUCGAAACAGGGACUUUCUCAAUAAACAUGGUCACCGUCAUCAUUCCUAUGACCCAGAGAAAGCUCCGUAUCCUCUAAGUUACGAUAGACAAGUCCUAGAGCUGGAGAACAUGGAUCACAGCUUCGUCAUGCACGUCGAGAAAUCAGUUUCGGUCGUCCAAUUUCCAGAUCACGACUCUCCAAAACGCUCUCUCGAUCUUGGCUGUGGGGGGGGGACGUGGAUACUUGAUGCUGCGAAGGAAUGGCCAGAUUGCAAAUUCGUCGGGUUUGACCUCGUGGAUGUACAAGUCCCGACAUCAUUACUCGAGCCAGAUGUUGCGAAUCGCAUCUCGUGGGUCCACGGUAAUUUUUUGACGACGAAACUCCCAUUCGACGAUGACGAAUUCGAUCAUGUUCACAUGCACGGCUUAGGCCGGGGUAUCCCUGAGAACAAGUGGGGUGUUCUCUUUGAGGAAGUGAACCGUGUCCUACGACCGGGUGGGGUUGUUGAAGUCCUCGAACAUGAUAUCCUAUUCCCCACACUGCCUACCUGGUUCACGGCGCCUUUGCGAGCACGCAAUAAGCGUUCAGAUUCUGUUCACUAUCCCAACGGCUCGCAUAAUCGCAUUGACAAACCACCCUCGUCACAACCAGACAUCCCUCCCCUACCUCAUGAUCAUGCACUACUCGAAAGCUUGUAUUAUGCUGUAUUUGAGAACCGAUUUAUCAACUUACGUCCAACAGCUAUUCUCCCAAUAUAUUUCACCUCGAAUUUCCGUCGCGUAAUAUCUGCACCUAUUGUCCAUUUCCGCAUGCCUGCAUUACCCCCUUUACAAGCAUUACCACAACCGUUACCACCAAAUGCGCUCCUCAUGGAAGCUUCAUUAUCCUCGGACAGAUCUGAAACCACCUCACAACCUCAUGCGCCUCUCACUCCUGUCACGCCUCGUCCCUUCGCCGUCUCAUUCUCGUCUACUAACUCCUCUGCUACAAGUAAAUCAGCGUCAUCGGGGGAAUCGUCGUUAUUCAGCCAUAUGGAGAGUUCCACGCUUUCAUGCCCAACAACGAGUCCCGCGGAUUGCUCGCCACAUUCACUAGCACUCUCGUGCGAUACAACCAACACCCUGAGUUCUGAAACAGAAACAGCUCAUGUCAUGAAAAAACCGCUCUAUAUCGUUGAUAGUUCAGCGGCCGAGAGUACAUCUAUGGGCGUUGCUGCUUCACAGUCCCUGAUUCCUCUCGAUGAGAUCGACAAGCUUAGCGAACGUUCACUCGCUAUGCAACUAUAUUGGUCAUAUCAAAGUGUACUGGGGUGCCAAGAGGCUAUGUACGAGGAGCUCUUGGAUCGCACGAGGAAUCGUACAGGGCAAUUAACAGAGUGUGGGUGGGAUACCGAUCUGGAGCUAUCCGAACUUGAGAGUCGGACGAAGUUCGAGAUACUGGUAGAUCGCUAUGAGCGCGAUAUGCAGGCGCGAAUAUCCUUGUGGUGUUCACUUGCUGAACUGGGAUGGUCUGUUCCUCCGCGGGAGGCAAUGUCGAAGGCAGAACUUGUGGAGGAGGAGAGACUCUAUCAGGCUAUGCUUAAAGCGCGACGGUUUGCCUCUGAGGAAGACCUGUACACACCCUGCCGGUCUGUGCGGAUAUUCGUGGGUUACAAGGAUAUACAGUGAUUUCACUGCUUCCUGAUGUUUCCAUUCUUAUUCAUGUUAUUUGCUUUGGUGUUUAUGUAUAUUCCUCUUGGAGCGUCGAGACUCUCUUUCGAGGAUGAUGCGCUGUACAUAUUAAAAAGGUUGACUUUGUAGCGAUAUGUACACGAGGUUUGUAGCGGCACCGUGUUCUGCUAUAAUGACAAGUGGUUUUGCAUAGAGUGAAA